GAAUACCAAGAUGCUAUUUUUCGAGAGCCGUUGAUGAAGUCGAAAUUCACACGUUUGUUGAUGCCAGCGAAGCUGCUUAUUCAUGUGUCAGCUAUGUCCGAUGCAUGGAUCCGUUAGGCGCAGUGGAAGUUGCGUUGGUUGGAGCCAAAACAAAAGUAGCCCCUCUGAAGCCAUGGUCCAUACCCCGACUUGAGCUUCAAGGAUGUGUGUUAGGUUCCAGAUUUACUCGAUUCCUCGAAGAAGGUCAUUCACUACGCUUCACAAAACGAGUCAUGUGGUCCGACUCUAGUACGGCCCUAAGCUGGAUAAACUCAGAUCCUCGUAAACUUCAUCGAUUCGUUGCUUUCCGUAUAACCGAAAUAUUAGAGUUGACAACACGUAGCGAGUGGAGAUGGGUCCCGACCAAACAAAAUCCAGCUGAUGAAGCAACCAAGUGGGGCGUUGGACCUCACUUUAAUGAUAAAAGCAUCUGGUACAGUGGACCAGAUUUCCUUUCGUAUUCCGAAGAUCAAUGGCCUGCCAGGAAAACGGCAUCGCCCGCGACCGAAGAGCUUCGUCCUUGUUACGCACAUACUGAAAUUUUCCUCCCAGAACCGCAACUAGAACCCGAAAGGUUUUCGAACUGGAACCGUCUUCUCAGGACCACAGCAUACUUACAUCGUCUCUUGUCUAAGAAAAUUCACCCAAAUGAAAACCGCCCUUUAGAAAUUCUCAAGCAAAACGAAUUGCAGUCGGCGGAAAGAACGUUGUUCAAACAAGCACAGUGGCAAAUUUAUCCAGAUGAAAUGAUUAUCCUGUCCAAGUGUAAUCUAGACGGAAAAAACCAGCAAUUAGUCGAUCGUUCCAGUAGCAUCUAUCAUCUGUCUCCGGUUCUAGAUGAACACGGAGUUCUAAGGGUGGAUGGAAGAAUCCGAAAUGCUCCUAAAGUCGAACUGGAUUGUAAGUAUCCUAUUAUCCUUCCAAAAAACCAUCAUGUGACCUAUCUACUCGUCGAUGACUACCAUAAAAGAUUUCAUCACGGGAAUAACGAAACCAUUGUAAAUGAGAUCAGACAACGUUUUCACAUUCCUUCUAUCCGUGGGUUCGUCAAGGAUGUGGUAAAGAAAUGUCAGUACUGUAAAGUGAGCAAGGCACGCCCUGUAGUUCCGAGAAUGGGACCUCUUCCGUUGGCUCGAUUGUCUGCCGGUGUUCGACCAUUCGCUUACGUUGGUGUGGACUAUUUUGGGCCCUUGCAAGUAAAGGUAGGAAGAGCAACCGUCAAAAGAUGGGUGGCACUGUUCACCUGUCUAACUAUCAGGGCCGUACAUCUCGAGGUGAUCUACAGCUUAACUACCGAAGCCUGCAUCAUGGGAAUUCGUCGAUUCAUUGGUCGUCGGGGUUCCCCUGUUGAAUUCCAUAGUGACAAUGGUACAAACUUUCAAGGCGCUGAAAGAUUGUUGCGCGAGCAAAUCAACAUGGGACUCGAGUUUACGUUCACCAAUACGAACACCAAAUGGUUAUUCAUUCCUCCUGGAGCCCCCCAUAUGGGCGGUUCCUGGGAGAGAAUGGUCAGGUCCAUCAAGGUGGCAAUAUCAGAUGCAUACAACGAAAAUUUGGAUGACGAACGUCUUCUUACAUUGCUUAUUGAAGCCGAAUCAAUAGUCAACUGUCGGCCGCUGACCUAUCUGCCCUUGGAUUCAGCUGAGCAGGAAGCCCUUACGCCGAACCACCUAUUGUUAGGCAACUCAACAGGCGUUCAUCAACCGGAACAGCAUGCAGUGUGUGACCGUAAGCUGUUAAGUCGAUCCUGGGAUACACUUCAAAAACAGAUUGGUUCAUUUUGGAAGAGGUGGACCUUAGAAUAUCUUCCGACUCUAACAAAAAGAACGAAGUGGUUCGGAGAGACGAAAAACAUCGAAAAAGGAGAACUAGUUAUCAUUGUAGAAGGUUCACGACGUAACAAUUGGGCCAGAGGUCGAGUUCUAGAAGUGGUUUCCUCACCAGACGGACGAGUUCGGCAGGCGAUAGUGCAGCUAGCGUCAGGUACUAUAUGUCGUCGCCCAGUAUCCCGAUUGGCAGUACUAGAAGUUCAGGACGGAAGUGGAACCGGAUUCGGAUUCCACCGGGGGGAGGAUGUUGCUGCAAGGGCAACAGAGUCUCAAAAUGAAGCAGUCACUGUGACAGGAGAACUGUCAAGUGCUAAACUGACAGAUAGCAAAACCGGAACUAGUAAGGGUAGAAUGUAGACAGAGGUGAACGAUAGCAGGUUGCCACGAGUGGUUGGAUUAUUUUGUAAAAGUUAGUUGAAGUUGAAGUUUAGUUGAAGUUUAAGUUGGGAUCUUGUGAAGAUCAGCAGUAGAUAAAUAGCGGUACAAGCAGUCGUGAAAGUGAUUUGAUUUCCAAUUGGAAACGAGAAAGUUUGAAAACGUUUUCCAUCAACUAUAAAGUCGCUACGUCGUAACACUUUGUUACAUGGCCUGUAGAUAGGCCUUUCCUUCAUCACCAGAAAAGCCAGAUAGAGCAUAGCGUAAAUAUUUGUUUAUUAUAUAUGCCUUUACAAGUAUACUGAAGUUUUGUUUAACACAGGCAUCUAUCGAACCUAAGCUGUAAGAUUGUUGGUAUCGAACAUAAGCCGCAGAAGGCCACUGAAAUAGUGAGUUUGAGAACUUUGAGAAAUAAUGUUCAGAAAUAUUCAUUAUUAUUAUUAUAUUUUAGUU